AUGCACCAUAAUGAUGUUGCCCAGGAUGAAUCCUACUCGUACGACGAAAGCGAUGAGGACGAUCGCGAGACCUUUUUGUCGGGUCGCACGUUAGCAUCUUCGGCAACAGACUACGUGUAUGAGAAUGGCAGGAGGUAUCAUGUAAGUCUAUGUCCCGGGCCCAGACUCUUCGAAUCCACCAUGUAGACACAUGAGCUGGAUAAGUCUACCAUUAUUACUCCCAUGGCGAUCAGUAAACCUAUUCAUAGUCAUCAAGCUGAAACAAAAAGGGAUACGAGAUGGACAGUAUUAUCAACCAAACGAUGAAACAGUUGGCAACGCGGAGGUCGUCCAGCAUCAUCUUUGGCUCCUUACGUUAGAUGACAAGCUAUACACGGCGCCAUUGCAAGAUCCGCAGAGGGUUCUUGACGUUGGUACAGGUACUGGACUGUGGGCUAUUGAUUUUGCGGACCUUCAUCCCUCGGCGGAAGUCAUAGGGACGGACUUGUCGCCCAUACAGAUCUCGAGCGCUCCUCCCAACGUGACUUUCGAGAUUGACGACUGCACCGAUGAAUGGACCUAUCCUGCAGAAAGCUUUGAUUACAUACAUGUGCGCGGCCUGGCCGGGUGUGCCACAUCUUGGAUAAACUUCUAUCAACAAGCACUGAAAGCGCUCAAGCCAGGUGGCUACAUAGAGCAUAUGGAGUACGACGCGAAAGUGUUUUCAUUCACAUCCGGACCGACAGACCCAGAAAACCAUGGAUUUGAUACACUCAUGGACAACUUGAUCGACUGUGGAAAGAAGCAUGGCAGACGUUUCGAUAUUGCUAACGAGCUUGCGAGCAAUAUGCAAGCCGCUGGCUUCGUUGAUAUAAUCGAUAAAGCCCACGUAUGGCCAAUCGGACUAUGGCCUAAGAACGCACGACUCAAGAACAUAGGCCGUUGGAACGUAAGAAAUUGGGAAGACUCUAUGGAAAGUUGGUGCCUCGCAUUAUUUACAAGGGAUCUCGGAUGGACCUACGAGGAAGUCCAGCAGCACAUACGUCAGGUUAAGGCUGCUGUCCACAAUCGGCGGCUGAGGAAUUACCAAGAAGUUCGUGUAAUAUAUGCAAAGAAGCCUGGAGGUAAUCCGAAACCUUCCUGAACCAUCCAUAGCAAAAAUGUUCCUGCAUUACUUGGAGAGAAGACUACAACACGCGAUGAUGACUUGCCCAUAAUUGUGAACUGAGUAGUAGCGAGGAAAGGUGAGUGUAACACAAGCGGAACUAAUUGCGUCCCACGGCUAUGCCUUUGGCAGUACCCAUCGCACUACCACGUGAGACGGACGUGAGCACCACUCGUGUCACCAGUAUCCAUCGAGACUAAAAUUCACUCUACUAUUCUCAUCAGAGCCUCAUGUAAGCUGUGAUUACUGCUAUUCUCAUCAUCUCAUGUUCGUUCCACGUCUCUCGCUAUUAAUGUCAGAUACCGACUAAUUGCUGCGUC